AUGGCGGCCAUCAACCCGUGGGCUUCCUGGGGUGCCCUUACAGACCAGUCCUGGGGGAUGGCGGCCAUCAGCCCAUGGGCCUCCUGGGCUGAGUCCACAUCCUGUGUCCCCAUCACCUGGCGUGGCGUGGCCUCUCCCAGCAGUGACCUGCCACAGCCAGGGGUCAGAGCCAGGGAGCCAGCUCUGUAUCCUGCCUGGCCUGUUGGGGGGACCCCUGAGGAGGAGAGGACCGCCUGGCUCUCGGCAGACCAGGUCCAGGAACCAGUGACCUUCAAGGACGUGGCCGUGGACUUUUCCCAAGAGGAGUGGGGGCAGCUGGACCCUAUUCAGAGGACCUUGUACCGCGAUGUGAUGCUGGAGACCUUCAGGCACCUACUCUCUGUGGGGAAUGAGCUCACCAAGUCUGAGGUCAUCUCCCUGUUGGAGCAAGGGGAGGAGCCAUGGACUCUGGAGAGAGGAUGUCCUCGAAGCACUUGUCCAGAAUGGGUGAGGAGUAUUGAAAGGAAAACUCUGAUCCCAGCACAGAGCAUUUCUGAGGAAGAACAAUCCCAUGGCAUGAAGUUGGAAAGAUACAUAUGGGAUAAUCCUUGGUUCUCCAGGGUAGAGGUCUUGGGAUGUGAAGAUCAAUUAGCAUUGUCUCACAUGAACCAGAGUAGAGCUAUGAGGCAGAUGGUCUUCAUGCAAAAGCAAGUGCUGUCACAGAGAGGCUCUGAAUUCUAUGAACUGGGGUCAGACUGUAGCCAGAGCUUAAACAUCAUUCCAUCUCAGAGAAUUUCUCAGAUAGAACGUUUCUAUACACCUCAUACACAUGCUGAAAGUUGGAGAUAUAAUUCAGCCAUAAUGUAUGCAGAUAACAUUACCUGUGAAACUAAUGAUUAUGGGAAAGCCUUCUACCAGUCCAUUCAACCUGUUCACCCUGCAGGAAUGCAAACCGGAGAUAAUCUUUUCAAAUAUACUGAUGCUGUUAAAUCUUUCGAUCAAAUAAUACAUUUUGGUGAUCAUAAGAGAAUUCAAAGAGGAGAGAAACUCUAUGAAUAUAAGGAAUGUCAUCAAAUCUUUAACCAGAGCCCAUCAUUUAAUGAACAUUCAAGACUUCAUAUUGGAGGAAACCAAUAUGAUUACAAAGAAUAUGAGAAUAUUUUUUAUUUCUCAUCUAUUAUGGAACAUCAAAAAAUUGAUGCUGUAGAGAAAGCAAAUAAAUAUAAUGAAUGGGAGAAAGUCUUUGGGUACGACUCAUUCCUUACUCAACAUACAAGCACUUACAGUGCAGAGAAACCUUAUGACUAUAAUGAAUGUGGGACAUCUCUCAUAUGGAGCUCUUACCUUAUCCAACACAAGAAAACUCAUGCUGGAGAGAAACCCUAUGAAUGUGAUCAAUGUGGGAAAGUUUUCAGGAAUCGUUCAGCCCUUACUAAACAUGAACGGACUCACACUGGAAUAAAACCCUAUGAAUGUAAUAAAUGUGGAAAAGCAUUUAGCUGGAAUUCUCAUCUUAUUGUCCAUAAGAGAAUUCACACAGGAGAGAAACCUUAUGUAUGUAAUGAAUGUGGGAAGUCUUUCAACUGGAACUCUCAUCUUAUUGGACAUCAGAGAACUCAUACUGGAGAGAAACCUUUUGAAUGUACUGAAUGUGGGAAAUCCUUCAGCUGGAGCUCCCAUCUCAUUGCCCAUAUGAGGAUGCAUACUGGAGAGAAGCCCUUUAAAUGUGAUGAAUGUGAAAAAGCUUUUAGAGAUUACUCUGCCCUUAGUAAACACGAAAGAACUCAUUCUGGAGCAAAACCAUAUAAAUGUACAGAAUGUGGAAAAUCCUUCAGCUGGAGCUCCCAUCUCAUUGCCCACCAGAGAACUCAUACAGGAGAGAAACCUUACAACUGCCAGGAAUGCGGUAAAGCAUUCAGAGAGCGUUCAGCCCUCACGAAACAUGAGAUCAUUCAUUCUGGAAUUAAGCCUUAUGAAUGUAAUAAAUGUGGGAAAUGCUGCAGCCAGAUGGCUCAUCUCGUUAGGCAUCAAAGGACGCAUACUGGAGAGAAGCCCUAUGAAUGCAAUAAAUGUGGGAAAUCCUUCAGCCAGAGCUGUCACCUUGUUGCUCACCGGAGAAUUCACACUGGUGAGAAACCCUAUAAAUGCAAUCAGUGUGAACGGUCCUUUAACUGUAGCUCUCACCUUAUUGCACACCGGAGAACUCAUACUGGAGAAAAACCAUACAGGUGUAAUGAAUGUGGGAAAGCAUUCAAUGAGAGUUCUUCACUUAUUGUGCACCUGAGAAACCAUACUGGAGAAAAACCCUACAAAUGUAACCAUUGUGAGAAAGCUUUCUGUAAGAAUUCUUCCCUCAUUAUCCACCAGAGAAUGCAUAGUGGAGAAAAACACUUUAUAUGCAAUGAAUGUGGAAAGUCAUUUAAUGGUCACUCAGCCCUCAUCCAGCACCAGAGAGACCACAGUGAAGAGAAACUCUGUGGAUUGAAUUAAUGGGAGGUUUUUUUUUUUUUU